AUGUUUCGCCUGCUACCCUGGCCCUCUGCGAUCGGAGGGGACAAGGUAAUGGCCGAGGAAGUCAAAAUGCUGGCUCCCUCUUGUGCCCCAGUCAAUGUCAACGGCCUCUCCCUGCCGCCCAUGUUAAAGCGCAAGCGUUCGUCCUCAUCUGCGACUGACGCUCCCGCUGCUACAAAGGUGCGCACUGAGGAGUCUACGCGACCGGUACAAUCUGUCCCUUCGAUGCCCCCAACGCCCUCUCCGUCCGUCGCACCCUCUGUCGAUGUCGCUGCGAUUUCGGUUGCGCCGUCCCCGACUGCCACCAUGGAGAUCGAGCGUCCGCCGGCGCAGGCCGCCAGUGGGAAGCCAAGUGUCAACCACAUCCGGGAUACGAUCACCGCCCAGCUCAGUCUGGAGGUUCUCCUCAAGCACAACGAGCUACGACUGAUCGACCAGGAGAUCGCCAAGUGUCAGGUCGCGCUGGAACAGCUUCGUCGCUGCGCGGAAAUCCCCUACCCGGGGUCUGCGGUCGCCGGAGUCUCCGCCGAUGUCAGCUCUGGUGUGGGCGCCUCGGUGCUGCAGCCUGGAAAUGGCCCAGCACCCAUGUCGCCCGCGCCCUGGGGUGUCGCCGAGGGUCCCUACUCGCGUCACUAUAUGCAGUGGCUCAUCCCCGAUCCUCGGUUCGACGGUGGCCUGGUGGAAGCGUCUUCUGUCUCGGGUGUGUCCGGCAUCCCGCUGGAAGGUGGCCGGUCAACACGUGGGAAUCCGAUCGACUUCAGUCAGUUGGCUGGAAAGAGCCGACCGUCGCGUACGUCUACAGGUGCGAAGAUGCAAUCCCUGCCGCAAAUAUAUCCACCGCCGAGAGAGAAGGCUGGUCCCAUGGUUAUUCGACGCAAGUCGGACGGCCUGAUGGUCAAGCUGGUCUGUCUCGAUUGCAAACGGGAGAACUUUUCCAGCACCCAAGGGUUUAUUAAUCAUUGCCGUAUUGCGCACAACCGGAACUUUACAAGCCACGAGGCUGCGGCCAUUGCCUGCGGUGUCGCGGUCGAUUUGGAUGAUGCCGGCGUGAUUGUUGGUGGUCGUUCUGAGCCUCAGAGUGCUGUUGCCACCCCAGGCACUGUUCACCCUCUGAUUCAAUCAGCUCAACUUCCGCCCCCGAGCGCCAUUCCCACUCCGCCCAAGGAUUUGGCCACGCCACGCAAACCUACGGCAGUCAACUCCACUGCGACUGUUGCCACUCCUCCUGCGACGGUGAAGCCAGCCUCCGAACGGCACCGCCAAUCAGAGCCGGUGAAGGCGAAGACCAACCCUUCGUUCCUCGCUUCCCCUGCGACCCCUCACCUGUCUGCUCUUAUGCGUCAGCGCGGAUUGGGCCUGAACCUGGACAAGUUGGUGGAAGAGGCCAAGACCCCAGUUGAUCUGAGCAGCCUGUCAGAUGCGGAUUCGGAUGGUGAAGAUUCGGCCCACCCGUCAGAGGAGUCUAGGCAGGGUCCUGCGGCAGCCCGUCAGCCUAUGCGGAUGCCUACAGCCCAGGCUGCCUCUGAGCGAACCGAGAGCCGCAAGGGUCUUGAUAGAGCGCCCCAUGAGCCUCAACUGCAACACGAGAUGACUCCUUCACGGCCCCAGCCUCCAUCUUUCCUCAACUUUCCGUUCCACGGUCACCUCCCGACCGAGACACGUGAAGGGGAUGGCCUGGACCACCCUGCCAAUCUCAGCCCGCACACGAUAGAGUCCAACCAGGCACCCAGCUUGGUCAGUGACGAUGAGGAUGACUAUGAGGCCGCCUCCGACUCGGACAGCCCUAGUUCAUCUGAGGCCGAUGAUCAGGAGCAGGAAUUUCGCCACAUCGAGGUGGCAGAUGACGAGCGCAACACUGCUCAGUCUACUACUACUUCCGAGCCCAAGCCCGGGCCGUCGCUGAACCCUACACCUCAGGCUGCCCCCAUCGCGCAUCCUCUGAAGCGGAGCCGGUCCAAGCGAUCCGUGUUGCCCUUCGAUCGCGACGAGGACGAUCAACGCAUGAGCUUUGUCCACCCCAACCAGGACGCAUCCAAGGCGAAACGCGCGGAUCCCAAGAAAUAA